CACAAAAUGGCGAACGAGUGUCGAAAAUGAAUUUAGUGUAAUAUAAUUGGCGAAAAAACUACUUAACAUAAAAUUUGGCCACUGUUCGCAUUAGAAAAAUGGAAAGGACUGCAAAACGGACAACAGCGCAGCAGUUCCAAAAGCUGGUAGAAGUAAUGAAGAAAAACCCAGACGUCGCCAGAGGAGUGGGAAAAUUUAUCUCAACUAAAAAGAGCAGAGCAGAGCUGUGGGAGAAGUUCGCUACCGAACUUAACGCCAUGGGCCCUCCAAUGCGGAGUGGGCGCGAGUGGAAUAAGGUUUGGUUGGACUACAAACUAAAACUUAAACGAAAAGUUUCGACAAACCGACACAAAACUAUGGCCACAGGAGGAGGACCGUAUACGCAGCGAGGCUUAACGCCAUUGGAACGAACCGUGGACGAGUUGCUCCACCUGCAGGAAGCAGUCAAUUCCACAGGCAUGGAAAGUGAAAAAGAAAAUUACCUAGAAAACCCCUCGGUAGAGAAUUUACAACAGCAUACAGAUUUAGCACCGUCAUCAUCAAAUUCCCGACCUAGAAUGACUGUUGAGGAUCGAGAAAACAUUCGAAUGAAAGCGUUAGAGAAACAGUCCGAAGUCCAAGACAUCCUUUGCCAAAAAAUUGCCAAUAUAGAAAAAGAAAUUACAGAAAUGGCUCGAUAUACUAGAAAAAUGUACGAGUUAAAAAAAGAGGAACUAAAAUUAUUAGAAAUAAAAGAAGAAAGGAAAAAGGAAGAAAAUUUAGAGAAAAAAAGACAACACAAAGAAAAAAUGGAAAUGAAGGAAAAAAAGCUGGACCUCAAAUAUGAAGAACUACAGCUAAUGAAAAUCAAACCAAAAGCAUCUGAAUAUGUGAAGAAGUAAUUUUAAGUUUAAUAUUUUAUAAAGUGAACAGAAUUAAUUUGUAAUUUUUAUUUAAUUGUUUACGAGCAUAGAAUAAUUUUAAAUUUUACCUGUAUAGGAUGUAGAUAUCAAAAGUUUUAAAUUAAAUAAAAAAACACAAAGAA